GAAAUUCGUCUUAGAGUAUGAGCGAUGCACAUGAACUGAUUCCCACGGUUGUGACAAGCGCUGCGAGCGUCUGCAUCUACAGUAGCACGAGAGGUUUGGUCCUUCAGAAUAGACGGUGAGAUACUAAUCCAUACUAAUUCCUAGCGUGUUCAUGUGACCGGUCUCAUGGCCUGAACGCUCCUGCAGUCCACCGCAUUCUGUGAGGCUGCUACCGAUACGUUUACUCGGCGCUAUGAACCUGCGAGCAUUGCACAUCAUGAACGAAGAAACUCAUCUGCCUGCCGUGCAGCACAUGACCCAACACGUUCUCAACCAAUUGCAAGAACAUCGAUCACGAUGUCCACCUAGUCUACGACCAACCCCCUUAUUUGUUGGCGUUCAAGGUCCACAAGGCAGUGGAAAGACUUUCCUAACUUCCCGCCUCCGUGCCCACCUCGCCAAUCCACCACACUCCCUCGCUGUUACCGUACUUUCCAUCGACGAUCUCUAUCUUCCACAUUCUGGACUCCAAAGUCUUGCGGAAAGCAAUCCCCACAAUAUCCUCUUUCAGGGAAGAGGACAGCCAGGAACACACGAUGUGCCUCUCGGUACUUCGGUCUUUAGAAACCUCAAAAAGAUCAAUGAAGUUCAUGCAGGGACUGUGGACAUCCCUAUCUUCGAUAAGAGUCUAUUUAAUGGACAGGGGGACCGCAUAUCUGAUGGCGAGACGGUGAAAGGGCCUGUGGACGUAGUUGUGCUCGAGGGAUGGUGUGUGGGAUUUUUCCCUACGAGUAAAGAGCUCGUCGAAGAAAGGUUGAAAGAACCUGUUCCGACUCUUGAGCCCGAUAUGUUUGACAUGAAAGCCUUCGUGUCCGUGGAUCACGUACUGGCCGUCAACGAGCAAUUAAAGCGAUACGUGGAGUGGUGGAGUGCACUUGAUGCUUUCAUACAGAUAAAGGGGCCUUCGUCUGCACAGCUAUCUAUCAUAUAUCAGUGGAGAUUACAACAGGAACACAAUAUGAAAACUAAGAAUGGCGGAAAAGGCAUGACCGAUGACCAAGUCAAGACCUUCGUAGACCGCUAUAUUCCCGGAUAUGUCUUUUUUGGUGACGGAGUGACAAAAGGAUUUUCAGGCGGUGAAGGAGCGGAAACAGAGCGACUACUACCGUCGUGGAUAGGGAAGGGACUAUCGGUUACGAUUGGUAAUGAUAGAGAGCUCUUACAUGUCAGUAAUUUUUAGAAAUAACGCUAGAAUACAUGAGCUUUCCAGAGGACUGCG